CCACCUCCGUUAACCACCAUCAAUGCAAUCUCUCUCUGUGUUGUCUCCUCCACAGUUUCUCUCUCUAAAACUUUAAUUUAUAUCUCAAAAUGGUUAACAAUUUGCUUCUCGUUGUCUCUCCGAACCCGAAGCGCUGCUUCGGUUUUGACCACGUUGAUUUCAGUGCUGGCAACUCUAAACGGCCGCGUGGCUCUCCGGCCACGUGCGAUCCCUAACUUCACCCUCUCAAGCUCUCUCCAAACCGAAACUAACCUUCAAAACGCUGCGUUUCAAGCUCCGAACAAGAAAAACAAUUCGGCGAUUCUCCUUGAUGUAACCGGAAUAAUGUGCGGCGCGUGUGUUUCGCGCGUCAAAUUACUCUCCGCAGACGAGAGAGUUGAAUCCGCCGUGGUCAACAUGUUGACCGAGACAGCGGCGGUGAAGUUGAAACCGGAGGCGUUGUUGGAGGGAGAAAUGUCGGGGAGUGUUACAGAGAGUUUGGCGAAGAGAUUGAGUGAGUGCGGAUUUGAAGCGAAGAAGAGGGUAUCGGGUAGUGGAGUAGCAGAAAACGUAAAAAUGUGGAAAGAUAUGAUUAAAAAGAAGGAGUUGAUCGUUAAGAGUAGGAAUAGUGUGCUUUUUGCUCGGACUUUGGUUGCUUUGUGUUGUGGAUCUCAUGCUUCUCAUAUUUUGCACUCUCUCGGGAUUCACGCUGGUCAUGGUAAUCAUGUGUUGCAUAGUUCGUAUGUGAAGGGAGGCUUAGCUCUGGGAGCUCUUCUGGGACCAGGAAGAGACUUGCUUGUUGAUGGUUUAAGGGUGUUCAAGAAGGGAUCACCAAAUAUGAAUUCUCUUGUGGGAUUCGGAUCUGUUGUUGCAUUUAUCAUCAGCAUCUCACUUCUCAGCCCUGAGCUCGAAUGGGAUGCAUCUUUCUUUGAGGAACCGGUCAUGCUUCUUGGUUUUGUGCUUCUAGGACGUUCUCUUGAAGAAAAGGCAAGGAUCACAUCUAGUGAUAUGAAUGAACUUCUUUCACUCAUGUCCACUCAGUCACGACUUGUAAUUUCUUCAUCAGAUAGCAAUUCCCCUACGGAUACUGUUCUUUGCUCUGCUGCUAUUUGCACUGAAGUCCCCACUGAUGAUGUUUGAGUUGGGUCACUGUUAGUUCUACCUGGAGAAACUAUUCCUGUAGAUGGAAGAGUUUUUGCAGGAAGAAGAGUUGUUGAUGAAUCCAUGCUUACUGGGGAAUCACUGCCUGUAUUCAAGGAAGAAGGGCUCAAAGUCUCAGCUGGAACAAUAAACUGGGAUGGUCCUUUAAGGAUAGAGGCAUUGUCUGUUGGCUCCAGCUCAACAAUAUCUAGUAUCAUUUGUUUGGUUGAGGAUGCUGAAGGCAAUGAGGCGCCUAUACAAAGGCUUGCAGAUUCAAUAGCUGGACCUUUUGUUUAUAGUGUAAUGACUAUAUCUGCAGUAACUUUUUCAUUUUGGUAUUACACUGGUUCACAUUUUUUUCCUGAUGUUUUGCUCAAUGAUAUUGCUGGACCGGAUGGAGAUCCUUUGCUGUUGAGCUUGAAACUUUCCGUGGAUGUCUUGGUGAUUGACUGCCCAUGUGCACUGGGACUUGCCACACCCACUGCAAUCCUAGUUGGAACAUCAUUAGGAGCAAAGCAGGGACUUCUAAUAAGAGGAGGGGAUGUAUUGGAACGCUUAGCAAGCAUUAAUUAUGUUGCUCUAGAUAAGACAGGAACCCUUACUGAAGGGAAACCAGCCGUUUCUGCUGUGUCCUCCAUCUCUUACAAAGAAUCAGAAAUUCUUCAAAUGGCAGCUGCGGUAGAGAAAACAGCAUUGCAUCCAAUUGCAAGGGCUAUUGUAAAUAAAGCAGAAUCAUUGAAAUUGACUAUCCCGGUAACAAGAGGGCAAUUGACAGAACCAGGUUUUGGAACCUUGGCUGAGGUAGAUGGAAGUUUGGUUGCGGUAGGUUCUUUGGAUUGGGUUCAGGAACGAUUCCAGAGAAGGACAAGCAUGUCUGAUCUAAAGGAUCUGGAAACUGAAGUGAUGUAUCAGUCAUCAGAAGGGAUGUCAUCAUCAAGCUAUUCAAAAACAGUUGUCUAUGUUGGACGUGAAGGGGAAGGCAUUAUUGGUGCUAUUGCAAUAUCUGACGGUUUGCGCCAUGAUGCUGAAUCUACUGUAAUUAGGCUCCAGCAGAACGGUAUCAACAUGGUCCUCUUAUCAGGGGACAGAGAAGAAGCAGUUGCAACCAUAGCAAAAAGGGUUGGAAUAGGUUGUGAAUUUAUCAAUGCAUCCUUGAAUCCGAGGCAAAAAUAUAAAGCUAUAACAAGUCUUCAAGCAGCAGGGCAUCGGGUUGCAAUGGUAGGUGAUGGGAUAAAUGAUGCACCUUCUUUGGCUCUUGCUGAUGUUGGGAUUGCCAUCCAGAAUGAAGCUCAAGAAAAUGCUGCAUCUGAUGUUGCGUCCAUUGUACUUCUUGGCAACAGUAUUUCACAGGUUGUAGAUGCCCUGGAUCUUUAACGAGCAACAAUGGCCAAGGUGUACCAAAAUUUAUCAUGGGCAAUUGCAUAGAACGAUGUCGCCAUUCCUAUUGCAGCCGGAGUACUGCUUCCCCAAUACAAUUUUGCCAUGACUCCUUCACUUUCAGGUGGACUGAUGGCUUUGAGCUCGGUAUUUGUUGUGACCAACUCAUUGCCUCUACAGCUCCACAAGUCUUAAACUGGGAGGAACAGAUAGAGAGCUAAUAUGCCUACGUUUCAACUUGCUUACGAGAUGGCCUGUAUAAAUAAUAGCGAGGUAAUCCAAACACCCAGGUAGUGGAAUAAAAAUGAGAAAUGCCUCUCUGUGCUCGUGUUAAUUCCACAGUGCAAGCAUGGGAUGCUUUUCCAGUACUGGGCGAGCAGACAUUUUCAACUCUAUCUCCCACCCAGGACUCCCGUCUGUUUGUCUCUUAUUUCUUUCACGCCACGCAAGUAAAACUAGAUGUUCCGUGCAUCACAUGGUUGAUAACUUGAAAUUUAUGAGAUCAAACACUUGACCAUAAA